AUGCAAGCUAGAAGGCAACUCAUCUCAACUGCCCGGCGUUUUGCCGGGUCAACAGUAGCUAGACCACGGCUCAUCUCAAGAGCAAUUCUCACCGAAUCCGCUGCACUGAGAAGCGCGAGACUCCUACCGACGUUAACAAUCCGGACAUAUGCGAAUGGCAGACCCCAUCCUCCAGGCGGUACCCACCGCAUGAAUAUGGGUGGCGAGCCUGAGAAACCGGCACUGGAACAGUAUGGCAUUGACCUGACGGCCAAGGCUAAAGAAGGAAAGCUAGACCCUGUCAUUGGUCGUGAUGCUGAAAUCCAAAGAACGAUUCAAAUCUUGUCACGGCGGACGAAGAACAAUCCCGUCGUGAUCGGCAAGGCCGGCACGGGUAAAACAGCCAUUCUCGAAGGCCUUGCACUUAGAAUCGUGCGUGGUGACGUUCCAGAAAGUAUAAAAAACAAACGCGUUAUCGCUCUUGACCUUGGCUCUCUCAUUGCAGGAGCAAAGUUCAGGGGAGACUUCGAGGAGAGACUGAAAAAGGUCUUGACCGAAGUCCAGCAAUCUGAAGGCGAAGUGAUUCUUUUCAUCGACGAGCUGCAUACGCUGCUUGGCCUUGGCAAAGCUGAGGGCUCGAUCGACGCGAGCAACCUGCUGAAGCCAGCACUCGCUCGAGGCGAACUACAAUGUUGCGGCGCGACUACUCUCGAAGAAUACCGUUUGAUUGAGAAGGAUGUUGCUCUCGCACGAAGAUUCCAGCCGAUCAUUGUCAACGAACCCACUGUUCAGGACACUAUCAGUAUUCUCCGCGGCAUCAAGGACAAGUAUGAAGUUCAUCAUGGUGUCCGGAUUACCGACGGCGCUCUUGUCGCAGCCGCUACUUACUCAAACCGCUACAUCACCGACCGAUUCCUCCCUGACAAGGCCAUUGACCUCAUGGAUGAAGCUGCCAGUCAUCUCAAGCUUCAACACGAGUCAAAGCCCGAAGACAUUAUGGCCCUUGACCAGAAAAUCAUGACUAUCCAGAUCGAAUUGGAGAGUUUGCGCAAAGAAAAGGACGUGGCCAGCCAAGAGCGCCGCGAGAAGCUGCAAGCCGACCUGAAGAAGUAUGAAGAAGAGAUCGCAGAGCUCACUAAGCGCUGGGAAGCUGAGCGCGCUGAGAUCGAAGCCGUCAAGAAAACCCAAGAAGAUCUUGACAAAGCUAGGAUCGAGCUCGACCAAGCCCAGAGAGAGGGCAACUUCGGACGUGCCUCGGAGCUCAGAUACAGCGUCAUACCUUCUUUGGAGCAAAAAAUUCCCAAGGAUGGCGAGAAACAGAAUGGCACCCUCAUCCAUGAUGCAGUAACUGCCGACGACAUCGCAGCAGUUGUGUCAAGGGUUACUGGCAUCCCUAUCUCCAAGCUCACUUCGGGUCACGUUGAGAAGCUCGUUCACAUGGAAGAUACGCUCCGCGAGUCGGUCCGUGGUCAAGACGAGGCCAUAAGGGCUGUCUCCAACGCGGUACGUCUCCAGCGGGCUGGACUUAGCGGGGAGAACAGGCCUACUGCCUCAUUCUUCUUCCUCGGACCUACCGGCGUGGGCAAGACAGAGCUCUGCAAGAAGCUUGCGGGCUUCCUCUUCUCCACCGAGUCAGCUGUUGUCCGCUUCGACAUGAGCGAGUUCCAGGAGAAGCACACCAUCUCCCGUCUUAUUGGCGCGCCGUCGGGCUACGUCGGCUAUGAGGACGCCGGUCAACUCACUGAAGCCGUCCGUCGCAAGCCUUACGCUGUGCUUCUGUUCGAUGAAUUCGAAAAGGCACACCGUGACAUCUCAGCACUGCUCCUGCAGGUGCUCGACGAGGGCUACCUUACCGACGCGCAGGGCCACAAGGUCGACUUCCGCAACACUAUCAUCGUCCUGACAUCCAACCUCGGCGCUGACAUACUCGUCGGGGCAGACCCGAACCACCCGUACAAGGAGACGCCCGACGGCGAUGUGGACCCAAGCGUCCGAAAGGCUGUUAUGGACGUUGUUGCCGCCAACUAUCCGCCCGAAUUCCUCAACCGCAUUGACUCAUUCAUUGUCUUCAAGCGUCUCGCUCUUAGUGCCAUCCGCGACAUUGUCGAUAUCCGCUUGAAGGAGCUGCAAGCCCGCCUCGACGACAAGCGGAUUGUCCUCGAUGUCCCCGCUGAGGUUCGUGACUGGUUGGCCGAACGUGGAUACGACCCGAAGUUCGGCGCACGCCCACUGAACCGCCUCAUCACCAACGAGAUCGGUAACGGUCUCGCUGACAAGAUCAUUCGCGGCGAGCUGCGGACGGGCGAGACAGCCGUUGUCUCGAUCAAGUCAGACAACUCUGGCCUCGAAGUCGCGGCGAAGCCCAAGGCAUAG